AUGGCGAGAAAGGGUAAAGACGAUAAAUUGUGCGAUUUGGAACCUCAUCUCCCUCCUAUCUCUACGCAAAGCUCCUGGAUGGGAGCCUCGAAAGAGCAUGAGCAUUGUCAGAGAGAUGUCUUGAAAAAGAAGCUAGAAGAAUUCACUCUGAGUAAUGAAGAUGUGAAGUACAUCAAGAUCCUGGUUGCUGGAGAAAUUGGAGCAGGAAAGUCCAGCUUUGUAAACUCGGUCAAUAGCGUCUUUCAAGAAUGGAUCACCUCUAUUACACAAGUUAAUUCAACUGCUGGGGAUAGUAAAAGUUUUACAAAAAAACUCAAAGCAUGGCACAUUAAAAGUGGACCCAAGGUCUUGCCCUAUAUCUUCACAGACAUAAUGGGCAUCGAACCUAAAGUGUUGGCUGGGUCACUUCCAGAGGACGUUGUCAGUGCUGUAUUUGGUCAUGUGAAGGAUGGCUAUAAAUUUGAUGAGUCGGAGCCAAUCGCUCAAGGGACUGAACAUUACAUCAGUGACCCCAACCUCUCUGACCAGGCUUUCUGUCUGGUGUACGUCGUAGCUGCUAAUACAAUAUCAUUAACAGACCAGAAACUUAUUGACAAGUUGAAGAUCAUUCGCCAAAGAAUCAGCAAUAGAGAUAUUCCUCAAGUGAUCAUCAUGACCAAAAUUGAUGAAGCAUGUCCACUGGUAAAGAAAGAUCUAAGAAAGGUUUACACUAGCAAGAAGAUCAAAGAAAAGAUGCAGACGUGCAGUGACUUGAUUGGUGUAACAAUGUCCAACAUCUAUCCAGUAAAGAACUAUCAUGAAGAGAUUGACACAAAUCCUGAUGUUGAUAUUCUGAUUCUGAAAGCACUGGAUCAGAUUGUAAAGCUUGCUAAUGAUCGAAUUGAUAGGAGCAGAAGCUAG